AUGCAAAGCUGUGUUCAUAUUGUCAUGGAGAUUGCUUGGACGGCUCCGCGGGGACGGCAUAACUUCCCCAUUGCCUCCGUCUGUUUGUACACAGUGCAAGGACCACAUCUGCAUCUACUAACUCUCGCACCAAAGAUACUGUGCCUAUACCACACGCUGGAGAGGUGUGACCUUGCUCCUUGCAUUCCUCCAGUCUCCGGGACCGACCUCUUACAGAAAACAGUCGUCUCAACAUUCCUCAUUGAGCGCAAUUCGCGGGAUUCGAAAGAUGGGACUUUCCAGCAUUUGUCGUCUGCUAGAUUCCAAGGCUUUUCGUACGUACUUCACCUGCUGCAGUUCGGGUCGCGUCUCUUUCAUGGCAGCUUACACUACAGCACCUACAUGAAGGGCUCUGAGCGCUCCUCCCUCCGCAAUCAGUCUCCGUCCAUACGCGAAAGCGUCUAUUUAGGCCAUUUAGCCGCUUCAUGA